AUGGAUCCUUAUGCUAGCCUCCGCGGAGAGUACAGUGCCUUGGACGUCGCACGCGAGAUGCAACGUGGGAAUCCGCAGGACCCUUUCGCGGGCAAUCCGUUUCGAACCGAAGGUGCAUCGGAUUUUCUAGGGCUUGAUUUGCCUCAGCAGCAAGAGCACAGCUCCGCGUCACAGCGGGGCAGCCGAAUAAGUCCAGAUUUCCUUCCAUUAGGAGGAUCCAUGAAUUCAGCCGCGGCCGCAGUGGAUUAUCGACUACACAACGCACCGGGCCAGGCGCCAGCCAACGGUCCACCAGUUGGCUUGGUCACAGAAGAGCUUUCCCAGCCGUUUGACAAAUCUGGGGUCAUGUCGCCCCAGGAGCUGCAAAGCCUUUACCAGGAUGCUUCCGACGUUCAGAUUCAAGACCCUAGAGUUUUGAGCAUGAAAGUUGUGGACAAGCAGGAGCAGAAAGUCUCCAAAGUGGUCACUGGCAAGAGACAGGUCAUCACUGUGGAGAAAGUCGUGGAGAUCCCCCAGGUCAUCACAAAAGAGACAAUCAAGCGUGUAAGGUGGAGUACCGUUAUGGCGGGUGUGGCGGACCUGGUGGCGGACCUGGUGGCGGACCUGGUGGCGGACCUGGUGGCGGACCUGGUGGUGCAGGUCCCUAUGGCCCUGGUGGCAUGGGAGGACCAGGUGGCUUUGGUCCCAACGGACGUCAAGGCGGUCUGGGAGCAGGUGGGUUUGAUGGAAGCUUUGGCGGAGGUCCUGGUGGCGGCUGUGGCGGCUGCGGGUCUGGCGGCUGCGGGCCUGGCGGCUGCGGGCCUGGCGGCUGUGGGCCUGGCGGCUGUCCUGGCGGCUGUGGGCCUGGCGGGUUUGGCGGCUGCGGGCCUGGCGGCUGUGGGCCUGGUGGCUGUGGUGGCGGCUGUGGCCCUGGUGGGGGCUGUGGUCUUGGCGGCUGUGAUGGCUGUGGUGGUGGCGGCUGUGGCGGUUAUGGACCUGGUGGGUGGGGUGGGCUUGGUGCAGGAGGGGGUGGCUUUGGUCCUGGUGGCUGUGGCGCCGGCUUUGGCCCCGGCGGCCCUGGCGGCUUUGGCAUGUUUGGCCCUGGUGGUGGCUGUGGUGCUGGUGGCUACGGACCUGGCGGUCUUGGCGGCUGUGGAGGGUUCGGUGGCUCUGGUCCCGGUGGCCCGUGGUUGGGUUCUGGCAGAGGUCCCAAUGGUCCUGGAGGUGGCAGCUUUGGUAGACUGGGCGGAUUGGGAGGAGGGUGGAUGGACGACCUGUUUGGAUCGCCCGGUCUUGGAGACGAUAGCGUGUAUGGACCAGGCUUGUGGCAUCCGUGAAGCCUUGGGUUGGGAUCCUAGUGGCAUGCAGCUUGUGGGUGGUCCUGGCAGCUUGGAGGAGGCCUUGCAGAACCUAGGUGGGCCGGGUGCGGGUGGCGAUGGCGAUCUUCCAGGGCUUCCUCCUGGUGUGGAGCCCGGCUCCAAAGAGUACAAUGAGCAUCUUCACAUGCUUGAAGCCCAGGGCUUGAUCGAGAUCCAGGAGGAGAUUGUAGAGGUGCCGCAGGUCAUCGUGGAGGAGAGGGUAGUCCACGUCCCAGGAAGGAAACAGAUCCAGGAGAGGCUCAUCGAAGUGCCCAAGGUGGAAUGGGUUGAGCGAGUCGAAUAUGACGACUUCGUAGAGUAUCGGGAGGUGCCCGUUGACAAAAUCAUUGAAGUGCCGGAGAUCGAGUACAAGAUCAAGCAGGUGGACCAGACAGUGCCGCAAACGUACAUCCAGGAGCACUUUGUGGACAGAUACAAGGAAGUACCUGUGACGCAGGUCCAGGAGACGGAACGCGUCGAGCAUGUGCCAGUGAUGGUUCCUAACGACUGGCGGCCGCCAAACAUGCAGGCGCUCGGGAUACAGAAUGCGGCCCCAGCAAUCGUCACCACCUGA